AUGCUUAUCCGUAGCCAUUUUACUCAUGAUGAUAAUGCAAUGGUUAAUAUGGUCAAUUCUCUUCCUCCCGAAGCAUACUUUUUGGAAUGCGAUGGAAGUGUACACGAGGAACUUGGAACAAUUCAAAAAGGGAAACUGAUACAAUUGCAUUUUCGACUGUGCGGCGGGAAAGGAGGUUUUGGUUCGUUACUCCGAAGUUUUCGUAUCCACAAAUCAAACAAUCAGUUAAUGUGUCGAAAUUUGGCUGGUCGUCGUCUUGCUGAUGUUAGAGAAGAAGAACGUCUCAAAAAAUAUAUUGAAAAGAAGGAGCAACGUGAAAAGGAGAAGAAAAAGAAAGAGGAGGAAAAAAUUGACAAAUUAAAAAAUGGAGCAAAAACAAAACAUGAAUUUACUGAUCAGGAAUAUUUAAGAAAGAGGGAUACAGUGCUUGAUGUGGUUGAGGAUGCAGUUGAGGCAGGUGUUUUGGCACUCAAAGAAAAACAAAAGGCUGAUGUUGAAGUUGAAAGCAAUGAUGUUACUACACAAGUAGAAGAAUUUACGGGACCUUCAACAUCUUCAAAUAUACAAGAAGCAUCUACAUCCUCAAAUGUUAAUAAUGAACAAAAUUCUGAUUCAGAUGAAAGUUUGGAUGAUUUGAUGAGUUGUGGUCCAUUAAAAAAGAAGAAAAUGGCUUCUAUUGAUGAAAUUACUUCUGAACUUGAUGCACAAAUUCCUCUGGCCUUGUAUGCGCUUCAAGAAUAUGAUGGGCAUAAACAGGAGAAAAAAUUGCCUCUGUUCCCUGAUACGAAAAAGAUGGUUUAUUUGACUGUAAAAUAUAAGCGGCCGUUCUUUAAAAAGAGUGGGAAUCAAUGCGUUUUUAUUACGCAGCCUUAUCCAGACAGAAAUCCUUCAAAUUCUUCUGUUUGUCUAAUUCUGCCAGAUCUUGAUCGUUCCAAAAAGGCACAAACAGAUCCUGAUGUUGAUAAACAAGCGAGAGAAUGGGAGGAACGUUUACGUGAAAAUUAUGGACUUAUUUCUGGAGUUAAUUAUACAAAGAUUUUGACUUUUAUACAAUUAACUCGUGAAUAUACUGAAGUCACGGAUCGUGUUAAGCUUGCAAAUCUUUAUGAUAUGUUUUUUGUUGAUUAUAAAUUGGCUAAAAAAGUGGAUUAUUUUAUGGGAAAAUUGUUUAAAAGACCUUCACGUCGUCCAAUUCUAAUCAAAUCUGAACAAAAUUUUUCUAAAAGAAUUGAAGAAGCUUAUAAUCAAACUUUAAUAUUUUUUAUGCCAAUGAAUGAUGCAAUUACUAUUCGUGUUGGAAAUUUAAAUCAAAAAAUUAAACAUCUCAAAUCAAAUGCUUCAGCUAUUAUUUCUUCACUUUUGGAAGACUUUCCUGGUGGUUCAAUAAAUAUAAGAUCGGUUUAUUUAGCAGCUGUGAAUGUUUCUUUGCCUGUUUAUGUUGAUUUUGGUUCUUCCAACGAAAUAAAUUUUGAAUUGCCUCCAGAGCCCGAACUUGUUGAAAUUGUUGGAGAAUGUUCUACCCUUCCAGACGGAUUAGAAGUCAAAGUAAGGGCUGAUGGAUUGGUUACUACAGUGGAAAAGAAGAGUGGUGAAGAAGUUUUGUAUCCUACAGAACAGGAUGAAUGGGAAAAGGAAGAUGAUAUGAAGCCAUUAAAUGCUGAAUUGAUUCAAAAAAUAUUGAGAAAAGGAAAGGUUCAAACAAAAAUGGAAAAAAUAAAGGAAGAAUUGAGAAAGAUGGUAAAGGGGGAAGUAAAGGAAGAGAAGGAAGAAAAAAGAGGAGAGGAAGAAGAGAAGGAAGUGGCUGAAGAAGAAAAUGAGUUUAAACAUGUUGAAGAAGAAGUCCCAAACAAAUCACCAAAGAAACUGAAGAAUAAAAAAAGGAAAGUAAAGGAAGAGGUGGAGAAGGAAGAAAAAAUAGAAGAAGAGGAGGAGAAGGAGGAGGUUGAAGAAGUGGAAGAAGAACCUGAAAAAGAAGAUGUUCCAACCAAGUCUUCAAAGAAAUUGAAGAAUAAAAAGAGAAAAUUAAAGGAAGAGGAGGAAAAAGAAAUAAGAGAGGAAGAAGAAGAGGAGGAAGAGAAGGAGGAGGAGGGUGAAGAAGAAACCGAAGAAGAAGAAGAAGUUCCAAUCAAGUCACCAACCAAGAAUAAGAAGAAAAGAAAUGGAGCAACUAAAAGAAAAAUUGAAAAUACAAGUAUUGAGAUGAUUAAAGGAAGGAAAACUAAAAAGGCUAAAAAAUUUUGA